AUGGUGCAUGAGACCUCGUCCCCCAUGCUAGAGCCCACGUUCCGUGGGUAUGUGGCCUCCACGCAGGACGCACUCAUCCUGUUUGAGGCCUGUCUAAUCGGCACGUUGCAUCUUAUUCCCCGUCGCCCCUAUUUUCGCGAACGGUCGCGUCUUGUGCGCAGCGGUAACAUCUUCAUCUACAAGGAGCAGUCCUCCGGCAUCAGGCGGUGGACUGACGGUGUCACAUGGAGCCCCAGUCGUAUACGAAGUAAUUUUCUCAUCUAUCGCGAACUGGAGGAGUCUUCACCUAUCGGGAAGAGGCGCGCCAUAAAGAGGGGCAAUCGUCGACUGGCUCCCCCUAUCCCUUUCACCCGGCCGGGCGAGCCUUAUCCCGGAUACACCGAUAGUGGUUCUGGCUACCCUUUCUUUUCGCCGCUAGGUUCAUCCGCGAGCCAUCCAUUGCAAUCGGAAAUUGGGCAGACAUUGGUGGGAUCGCUUUUUGAUUCUUACGACUUCAAGGAAUCUGGCCUUAUCAAGAAGACCAUGAGCGUCGUUGUAUCGGGAGCCACAUACCACCUUGUCUCAUACUACACAAUCGACGACGUAAUGCGAGGAAAUCUCAGUGCACCUUCCCUGGCUGAAUCUUUGCGCCAUAUUCGACCACGCUUCGACCUUAUUCAUGAACAAAGGUUCCGUGGGCCCAUCGACUAUCUCCAUGCCGGUAGUACAAAGAGCGCCGAUCACCCAUCUCAAGCUACUUUCCCUGGUCACAAUCUGGCGCAGACAAUGGCAGCUCCAAAUUCCAGCAUGCUCUAUCCUUUAGCCAAACUCUCCAACUACAUCGGCCCAUACAGUUUUUCAGCGCCUAUGUGGCCGGUGUCUGAAAACACGAUGGUACCUCCAAUGUCCAGCCGACAAACAUUCGACCCCACCCCCUUAUGCCCACUCCCAGCCAACAUGGCACCCAAUGUCGAAGAACACACUAUAUUCUGUGCAGAUUUCUACUGA